UUUUGUUCAGCACGUAUUUUAUUUUAUUAUUUUAGUUUUCAUUUAUUAUUUGAUUAAACUUGUAAUUAGACACGAUAUUCUAUUAAAGAAUGGAUAGCGAUAACUUACUCUGUCUACAACAUCGCGCUACAAAUGACCCAGGCUGUGCACAAAAAAUUUGUCGCAAUUCCAAAAAAUCCGUUCCAAAAACUUUAUAUGAAAUGGGAUAUCGUAAUUCAAUCCCCAAUUGGAAAAAUGCUAUGACACAUCGUAAUUGCGAACACUUUGAAGAAUUGCAAAAAGUGUUUAGAGAUUCUUCAAAUGGUGAUGUUGAAGUCAAAGUAGGAAAUUGCACUUUUAAAUGCCACAGACUGAUUCUAAGAGCUUAUUCUAAUUACUUUAAUGCUCAUCCUACAGUUUCAAAUUUUGAAAUUUCAGAUGAUGUCAUAAGUCCUAUAGCUUUCCGGGUGUUGUACGAUUGGAUGACAGAUAAUAGCGUAAGAAUUAACUGUGAUGGAGUUAUGGAAGUUAUAAAAGCAGCAAUAUACUUCGAAGUCCCAUUACUGAUGGAGUUCUGUUGGAAAAUUUUUAGCAACGAAGCAUAUUUUUGUGAAGAUGUAGCUUUCAUGGUAUAUCUUGAGGCACGUUCUUACGACUUUCCGGAAUUGAAAGAAGUUAUGCUAACUCGUGUACGAAAAUUUUACCUUCAAUUAACGUGCACUGCAGAGUUUCUUUUUUUAACUGCCGAGGAAUUAAAACUUUUAAUAUUCUCUAACUAUAUUGAAGUAAACAUGGAAAGUGAAGUUUUUUUAUCCGUUGUUCGUUGGCUGGAUCACUGUUGGGAAGAGCGAAGUGCUUUUCUUGUACCAUUAAUGCAGUGUAUUCGGUUUAGUACAAUGCCGGCAUCAUUUUUAUUAUAUUUAACUCGCGGUGCAGACUGUGAAGAAGUACGGAGAGUUAUUGAAAAUAAUGAGGUGAUUACAAUGAUAAAACAUGCUUUGGAGUUUGUUUCAGCUAAAAUUUCAUGUCCAAUUAGAGAAUUGCCUGCUUUGUUAGCACAUCUGAAUGUACCCUAUAAACCACGGAACUGGAUAUUUGAUCCGCGUUGCAGUUAUCAUCACAGAAACGACUGUAAUAAAAUGGAGGAACUAACAUAUUAUAAGUAUUUGUGUUACCUACAAUAUUUACAAAAUGCUUCGCCAAAUCAUUGGAGUACACUUAUUCCAGCAAAUGAUCUAAAGGCUCGAUGUUGUUAUAAGAAAAAACAAUAUAACAGUGACAACGAAACAAUUUGCUGUUCUAAAUCAAUAUUAUCAGAAACCACUUCAGACACUUCAACUAAAUCCACUUCAGAUGAUUAUACUACAACUGUAUUUAUGUACGAAACACCAAGGACAACAACCUCAAGAAAUUAUCUGACCUCAGGUCGUUCUAGUAGUUACCCCAAUAGUUAUUAUACUAGCACUCAGCAAACUUCGAAUUCUGCUUCUACCGAACGGCAUGUUAUUCAUCCAUAUUAAAAUUUAAAUUUAAAAAGUGUAAUCCGUAAACAUUAUAUUGUUUAAGUACCCAAUAAGUCGUUUGAACAGAAAAGCGGCUAAUGAUGUUUUAAUAAAAAAA